UGUACCUCGCGUCCGAAGCCUCUUUGACGCGAAUCUCUCACAUCGCUCUUCUCUCUUUUUCUUUCCUCGGAAGUUUUUCGAGAUGAUGAGGAUUUUUGGCCGAGGAGGGAAGGAUUCUCCCUCCGGUUCGGCCUCUCCGUCGGCGGUAUCAUAUUCUUCGUCGUCUUCUGCCCCGGCGGUGCCGUCUUCUGCGGUGACGGGGCCGGCGAGGCCGAUCCGGCUCGUUUACUGUGAUGAGAAGGGGAAGUUUCGGAUGGAUCCUGAGGCCGUUGCUACACUGCAACUCGUCAAGGAGCCAAUUGGUGUUGUUUCUGUUUGUGGUCGAGCUCGACAGGGCAAGAGCUUCAUCUUGAAUCAGCUUCUUGGACGCAGCAGUGGAUUUCAAGUAGCAUCAACACACAAGCCUUGUACAAAGGGGCUUUGGCUGUGGAGUACUCCCCUGAGGAGAACAGCUCUUGAUGGAACUGAGUACAAUCUUUUGUUGUUAGAUAGUGAAGGGAUAGAUGCAUAUGACCAGACGGGUACAUAUAGCACCCAGAUAUUUUCGUUAGCAGUUCUUUUGUCUAGCAUGUUCAUAUACAAUCAGAUGGGAGGUAUUGAUGAAGCUGCACUCGAUCGUCUCUCUCUUGUCACUGAAAUGACAAAGCAUAUCCGUGUAAAAGCAUCUGGAGGCAAGAGUUCUGCCUCCGAGCUUGGACAGUUCUCCCCCAUCUUUGUCUGGCUCUUGAGGGACUUUUAUUUGGAUCUAGUGGAGGAUAACCAUAAGAUAACACCCCGUGAUUAUUUGGAACUUGCAUUACGGCCUGUUCAAGGUAGGGGGAAGGACAUUGCUGCUAAAAAUGAGAUCCGUGACUCCAUUCGGGCGCUAUUUCCAGAUCGAGAGUGUUUCACUCUUGUGAGACCUUUGAGUAACGAACGGGAGCUCCAGAGACUUGAUCAAAUUUCGCUGGACAAAUUGAGACCUGAAUUCAGAGCUGGCUUGGAUGCAUUGACGAAGUUUGUUUUUGAGAGGACAAGACCCAAGCAGGUUGGGCCAACUGUGAUGACAGGUCCUAUUCUUGUUGGUGUUACUCAGUCGUAUCUGGAUGCUUUGAAUAACGGGGCAGUGCCCACCAUAACCUCCUCCUGGCAGAGUGUUGAAGAGGCUGAGUGUCGAAGAGCUUAUGAUUCUGGUGCAGAAGCUUAUAUGUCUGCUUUUGACCAUUCAAAGCCUCCUGAGGAAGGUAUGCUGAGGGAAGCACAUGAAGAAGCAAUUCAAAAAGCCUUGGCUGUGUUUAAUGCUGGUGCUGUAGGGGCUGGUUCAGCACGGAAAAAAUAUGAGGAUCUCCUCCACAAGUUUUUCAAAAAGGCCUUUGAAGAUUAUAAAAGAAAUGCUUUCAUGGAGGCAGAUUUGCGAUGUAGAAGUACUAUCCAGAGCAUGGAAAAGCGGCUGAGAGCUGCUUGCCAUGCCUCUGAUGCCAGUAUAGAUAAUGUUGUUAAGGUAUUAGAAGCUCUUUUCUCAGAGUAUGAUGCAUCCUGUCAUGGCCCAGGAAAAUGGCAGAAACUUGCUGUUUUCUUGCAACAAAGCUUGGAAGGCCCAAUAUAUGAUCUCACCAAAAGGCUUAUAGAUAACAUUGCUUCAGAGAAGAGUUCCCUUGUGUUGAAAUGCCGUUCUAUUGAAGAUAAGAUGAAGCUACUUAGCAAGCAAUUGGAGGAUAGCGAGAAAUACAAAUCAGAGUACCAGAAGCGUUAUGAUGAUGCCAUCAAUGAUAAGAGGAAGCUGGCAGAUGAAUAUACAAACCGCAUAACUAAUCUGCAGGGUGAUAACAGUUCACUGAAGGAGCGAUGUUCUGCUCUGUUGAAAACCCUGGAUUCUGCCAAACAAGACAUUACAGAGUGGAAAAGAAAAUAUGACCAGAUUGUUUUGAAGCAGAAAGCGGUUGAAGAUCAGGUUAAUUCAGAAAUUGAAGUUCUCAGGUCACGCAGUACAUCAGCUGAAGCUAGGCUUGCUGCAGCUAGGGAACAGGCAAAGUCCGCUCAAGAGGAGACAGCUGAAUGGAAAAGGAAGUACGAGUUUGCUGUUAGAGAGGCGAAAUCUGCUCUGGAGAAAGCUGCCUCAGUGCAAGAGCGUUCAAGCAAGGAAACACAAUUGAGGGAAGAUUCUCUUAGGGAGGAAUUUAAUUGCACAUUGGUUGAAAAGGAAGAGGAAAUAAGGGAGAAGGCAACAAAACUUGAGCAAGCUGAGCAGACCUUGACCACUCUAAGACUAGAAUUGAAGGCAGCGGAGUCAAAGCUCAAAAGCUUUGAUGUAGAGACAUCAUCAUUGAAGCUAGAAAUUAGGGAGUUGGUUGAUAAGUUAGAAAGUGCAAACACCAAGGCUCUAUCAUACGAGCAAGAGGCUAAAAUAUUAGAACAGGAGAAAAUCCAUCUGGAGGAAAAGUACCGGUCUGAGUUCCAAAGAUUCGAUGAAGUCCAAGAGAGAUGUACACAUUCAACAUAUAUAUAUAAAAUUGCAUUUGAUAGCUUAGAUUAGAACGGAGCUCGGGCUGAAGCUGCCACUGCCCAGAAGGAGAAGAACGAGAUUCAGAAACUGGCAAUCGAAAGACUAGCCAAGAUCGAACGAGCUGAGAGGCAAAUGGAGAAUCUAAAGAGACAGAAAACUGAUCUGGAGGACGAGUUGGACAGACUACGUGUAUCCGAGAUGGACGCUGUCUCGAAAGUAGCUGUUCUUGAGGCGAGAGUUGAGGAACGAGAGAAAGAAAUCGAGUCAUUGUUGAAGACGAGUAAUGAGCAGAGGGCUCACAAUGUGAAGUCACUGGAGAAGCUAUUGGACGAAGAAAGGAAGGCACAUAUAGCUGCGAAUAGAAGAGCCGAAGGUCUUUCACUCGAGCUGCAAGCUGCACAGGCGAACCUUGAUCAGCUUCAACAAGAACUUGCACAAGCGAGGUUGAAAGAAUCGGCAUUAGACAACAAAAUCAGGGCGUCGGCUUCAACACGUGGCAAGCGGACAAGAACAGAGGAAUAUGAUGACGUUGAGAUGGUUGGUGUCGGAUCAGAAAUGGAAAGUAGCGAAAGAAUCAUUAGGUCAAUUAAAAAAACCCGAACGAUCAUCAAUACCACGACCCAGACAGGGGAGGAUGGUGAAGAGGACAACCAAAGCCAGCAGCAAAACAAUGGUGAAGAGGAGGAUUACAAGAAGUUCACAGUGCAGAAACUGAAACAGGAACUGACAAAGCACGAUUUCGGGCAUUUGCUGCUGAACAGAGGUAACCUAAGCAAGAAAGAGAUCCUCGCUUUGUACGAAAAGCACGUUCUUCGGAAAUCUUGAGUUCCCGUACAGUAGUAUAUACGUAACAUGUCCUUUGAUAUACGAGUUUCGGUCGGUAGAGAUUUAGGAAAUGGAAUCUGAUUUAGGAAGCCAAGCCCCCCAGGCUUGGGUAUAAUAGUGUACCGGGUUUCAUGUGAGAGUGUCUCUUGUCUUUUCUUGGGUAUUGUGAUGAUGUGGCUUUUAAUGAUCUGGUUGGUUUUUGAUGUUUAUGUUUUCUGAGUUCGGACCUUUGGUUUUUUGUUUUCGUUCUGAGUGUUUUGUCAAAGCUAUUUGUUUGACAGUUCUAAUUGGACAAUGUAAUAUUAUAUUUGUUGACAUUGAUCUCUCUAUUGGCCUU